AAAGCUCCCAGCCUGCCUGUCUGCCGCGCCGCAUCAAACCCAAAGCCCGACUGUACCACCCCCCCAGCCUGCGAGGGAGGAGUCUGCUGUCCUCCAGCAGAACUGAGUGUAUAACACCGCAGCCAGCCAGAAUGUGUGUCAGAGGACUGUCUGUGCUCCCUAAGUAGAUGACUGCUCCAAAUCUGGUGUCUGUAUUUCUGACUACGAGAUACGAGAAAAAUUGGUUCGCACAUUAUCAUCCCAAAUCAGGACAAGGUUUUUCGAUUGUGGGAUAGAAUGCCGGCGAUCACAAGUAAAAACUCCGAUUUGGAGUUUGACUCCUUACAACCGUGUUUCUAUCCGGAUGAGGACGACUUCUACUUCUGUGGUCCCGACUCUGCGCCACCGGGGGAGGACAUCUGGAAGAAAUUCGAGUUGUUGCCCACUCCGCCCCUCUCCCCGAGCCGAGCCGCGCUACCGGGGGAGCCGGCGAAUGCUUCCCCGGAAGCAGACCCAUUGGGCUUCGGUUUAGGGGACCCACUGGACUGGGCUUCUGAGCUACUGCUCAUGCCCGAGGACGAUAUUUGGGGUGCCUCCAACGAUGGGGACCUGUUUGGCUCCGCUUUGGAUACUAACCCCAAUAACAUCAUUAUCCAGGACUGUAUGUGGAGUGGCUUCUCUGCCAGGGAAAAGCUGGAGCGGGUGGUAACAGAGAAACUCGGCAAGGCUAUUUCCACUGCCACAGGCGCCAGGAACGUGUGCGUCAAGGCUCCGGAGGUUGUGAGCCGCAGUUCGGUGACAGAGUGUGUGGACCCCACGAUUGUCUUCCCUUUCCCGGUCAACAAGAAGAACGGCAGCAGGGACUCAGCCGGGACCGUAAACACAUCCACAACCAACGGGACCGCUCAAAGUGAUUCCGAAGAGGAAGAUGACGAUGAAGACGACGAGGAAGAAGAGGAAGAGGAGGACGAUGAGGACGACGAGGAUGAAGAGGAAGAGGAGGAGAUUGAUGUGGUUACAGUAGAGAAGAGGCGCUCCACAAUCAACAAGGCUUCUCCCAUGGCGACAGGUACAGUCACCAUCUCUGUGCAUCCAAAGAGCCACGAUGCGAGGGGGUCCGGCGUGGUGAGUCGGUUCGUCAGCAGAGCUCCGCAGGAGCUGAUCCUGAAGAGGAGCUCGGUCCACCAGCAGCAACACAACUACGCCGCGCCCUCACCGUAUGCUUCAGACGACGACCCCGCCCCACCUCCAAAGAAGCAAAGGACAUUAGAAGCACCUCGACCUCCUACCAGAACCAUCUCGUCAUCCUCCUCGUCUUCCUCCACAUCCUGCAGCUCACUCACCGGCGCAUCGGGGGCACGCAGCAAGCGCAGCGCCAGCGGAGACUGCAGCCCACGCGGCAGCUCCGACUCAGAGGACAGCGAGCGCAGGCGCAACCACAACAUCCUGGAGCGCCAGCGCCGCAACGACCUGCGCUCCAGCUUCUUGACGCUGCGCGACCACGUGCCGGAGCUGGCGCACAACGAGAAAGCUGCGAAGGUGCUGAUCCUGAAGAAGGCCACUGAGUAUGUGAGCUCGCUGGAGACAGAGGAGAUGAGGCUCCAGCAGGAGAAGGACAGGCUCCAAGCCCGCAGGCAGCAGCUGAUGCGCAGGCUGGAGCAGGCUAGGACUCGCUAACAGACAACCACUACAACACAGAAACACUCACAUACAGUAUACCCUGGAUGACCUCCCGCCCCCCCCCGCCUCAACUCAGUCUGUCUAGAUGCACACACACAUAGGCCUAUAGAUAUAAGCACAGACACAUAGGCCUGCAUAUCGGAUGUACACGUGCACACACAAACAUCUCAGAGGAUGUUUUUAUUCAGAUGCCGAUACACACACCUAGAGGAGAGGGGUGGGGUCGCCGGUGGGAUGCUUGGACUUUCACUGCAGCCACUUUUUUUGCACAUUUGUUGACGUUAAGAAUGUUUAGGGUUUACUUUUUCAAUCCAGUCAUAUUGAGGAAAGAUGAAAAGAGAAAAGAAUGAGGAAGUUUAGAGGAGUCUUAGUCUUCCCUUCCUCCUCCUUUUAUAUCAUUUGUGGGCUUUUUGUACUCACUGUGACACCAGCCUGGAAUCAGGUAGUUCCCACGGGCAUGGGUGUUAGAGGGCACUUUGCUUGGACAGUUCACGUACAAGACGCAGUGCACACUUAUUUUGCCUUUACCACUGCAAAAAUGAAGAGACUAUGAUGACUGAGGCGUUAUGGGUCACAUAAACAAUGCCACUACAGGUUCUCUUUCUCUCACUCCUCUCUCACACUGGUGCUCAAACCAAGUCAGUGGAUGUAUAACAGUGCACCUUGCUAGCUGACACUUUUAUAUAUAAAACGUUAGUGUACAGACAAAUUACACUCAGAUCUGCCUUGUUUUGUAAUACAUUUUGUCCUUGUUUUUUUUUAUACAUGUCAGGAAGCUGCCAAUAACUAGACUGGAAGUUUAUAUACCUUUUAAAAGUACUGUAAGGCCUCAAUUUUUGAGAGUCAUGAAACUUUGUAAUAUAACAAUAUAUUGUUUUUUUUCCUUCUAUUUCUUUGUAUUGUAUCAUAUUACUAAUUCUACACACCUUUUAUGCUUUUAGUGUGAACCGGAUACAUACUAAAUUUGAUACUUAUAUUUUCGUAUGAAAAUGAGUUCUCGGUAGAUAUCACUUUAUCUCGUCUUUUUAUUUCUUUUAUCUCAUAUAAUUCUUUUGUACAGCAAAUGUGUUCUAUCCUCAUGUACCUGGCCUUUUUUUUUCUUCCUCUUUUGUUUAUAUUUGUAACUAUCGGGUGCAUAGAACUGGGUAAACGGAUAUAAGAUGUUGUUGUUUUUUUACUUUUAAAAUGUACAUAUAGUGCUGCAACUCAUAGCACUUUGAAAUACCUCAUUUUGAAAAAUAAAUAGACAUCAUAAAAUCCUAA